AUGGCUUCCAAAACGAGAGCCCUCAACGCCGCUCAUGCUGCGGGAAUAUUUGCAGACAUGACCCUCGACGGCCCCGAGAUUGGCACCCUCGUCGCCGUGGUGGACAGGGCAAAAAACCUGCCGAAUCGAAAGACCAUGGGCAAACAAGACCCUUACUGUGCCAUGAGGCUCGGGAAAGAAGCCAAAAAGACGGAAACUGAUAAAAGAGGGGGACAAACACCCAGAUGGGACCAAGAACUCCGAUUCACUGUCCACGACUCCCCUGACUAUUACAAAUUGAAAUGUUCUGUCUUCAACGACGACAAGAAGACCGAUCUCAUCGGCGAAGCUUGGAUAGAUCUCACACAGGUCAUCAUCCCCGGCGGUGGACAAAGUGACCAGUGGCGUCAAUUGAACUUCAAGGGGAAAUAUGCAGGUGACAUCCGGAUUGAGCUGACAUAUUAUGACACAAGACCAAAGCCGGAAUCUCUAGGAGAGAAGCAGAAACAAAGAGACAAAUCUCAUACCAUAGUCAGUGACGCUUCAAGCAUUCCUUCUGGCUCUCGCCAACUCGGUCCCCGUGAGAUCAAGAGGAGACCUCUUCCACUUGGUCCUGGUGGGCAUUCAGGUGUUUCCACCGCUGGAAGUGUCGAGCGAUGGUCUCGGGAAGAGUCGCCAGAUGCAUUUCCGGGCUAUGGGUAUACGAAUAGCAACCCUCCGCCGCGUCCACCAAAACAACGAUUUGUUCCCGAGACUCCAGACGAUGUUGGAUAUUCUCUCAACCCUCGAUUCGGCCCUGACCCUGACGAACUGCUCCAGGGCUCCGGCUCACCUUACCAGCAGAGCCAAUCCUCUGAUAAGUACUACAACAAUCACAACGACCCUAUGGCGGGGUACGGGGAGCAAGACGCUUAUGCGGUGGAUUCCUACCAGCAACCAGGACUUUUGUCGCAAACCCAAAUAUCACAGGCUGUACCAGGCCCACCACCACCACCGGACCAUCAUUCCUCGUCGGCACCACACUCGCCAUACGAUAUGCUGGAUCAAGCCCCGUAUCAUUCCUCUCCGCCCCGAAUGACGCCCCAGGGUACGCCACCAGGAAUGCAGAGCCAGCAGUGGAACGGCAGGGGCAGCGCGUCUCCCACCAAAUAUGCCACUUACCGGGACAGUCCACUCCGCCAAUCUAUCAAUCCAAAUGAUAUGCCUGGAGUCGCUCCGAUGUACUCCGAUCCACGGUUCGAUGAAGAUGGAUCACCUCCGCCACCUCCUGCUCACCGAGGUACGAUGACGAGAGUGCCGGCAUCGUCGUUGAGUUAUAAAGACUCGUAUGGAGAACCUUCACCCCACACACCUGUCAAAAUGAAAAGCCUCGAAGGCAGGAGCCCUCUUCAGAGGCUCGAGCGUGACUAUGAUCCAUUCCAAGCGGGCCCUUCGCAAGAAAUACAACAUCAUAUUCCCUCGCCGCAAUCCUAUGAGCCAAGUCCGCCGCCAGCAAUGGACCUCGAUCGAUAUCCCUUGUUCCCAUCUGAUAAGCGAAAAUCCUACAACGGUGAUAUACAUCAACUUCAACCAAUCUCUAGCGAAAGUGGCAUGCCAGCUCCUGAACAGAGUCGCGAUCCCAAUUUCGACCAACAACGCGAAGGUGAAAAUUUCCAAGAGCAUUUCCGGCGAUCAGUAGGUAACGAACCUCUGCGGCGGGCACAAACAUUCGACAACUUUGAAUUGCAGGAUGAUAGACACGUCCGGAGAUCUGCUCCGGUGGUCAUUCGCCCCCGGCCAAUCACCCCUAAUUCUAACCACAGUAUCCCCCGGAAGUCCAUUACCCCAACGUUCCCAAACAGCGAUGAUCGCAACCAGAUAUCCAGUGUUCCAUUUGGGCCUGGAUCGUACGAUGUGUUGAAUCCCGCCACUGGAUCAACACCAGUUGACGUUGCAUUCAAUUGCCCAGAAGAUUCGGUAGAGAUGGCUCGACAGAAAGCGGCCGACAAACUUAGGGAUCAAGGCCCAAUUAUCGGGAAUGAUGGCCGAGUGAUUGAUCCCUCGGACCAUCUCCCUUCUGAUACAUGGGCGCCCGAACCUGAAAGAAAACAGCGAAAACCAGAGCAUGUCAUUAGGAUCCGCACAAGAGAGGAAGUCCGGGCGCACAAUCGUACAGGAUCAUCGCCCGCCUCAGCUCGGCCACACUCGAUUGCAGCGUCGCCUUAUCAAGGCUCUCCAAAUGCUCCAAUGUCUUCAUCGUAUCAGACAUCGACCCCUCCAUCCACGGCUCCCGCUUCCCCUCAAGUCGAAACUCCCAGUGGCCGAAACAGGCUGCGGAAACAGAUGCCAAACCGACCUCUCCCGACUCAACCAUACCCGAUCUCUCAGGCAGGCCCUGUUGCUCAAAAUGGCGCCUCAAGUGAGCGGGCUAGUCCCUCGAACCAGCGGUAUACGAUUCACUCUUCUCCUGGAAGCGGUUCACUUCAGCGAUCUCCAGCACCGGAAUACCAGGCUCCGUCUGCGAGCAGUUACAGUCCCCAUGGUGGAUACGGACCACCACCGGGACCUCAAUAUCAACUAGAAUAUUCUCCUUUGCCCGCAAAUCCGCCUAUGGGAGGGUCACUGCCGGAGAGUGGCGGGUACGGCGGUGGCCCGUCAUAUGAUGGAGAGAGUUCGCUGGCGCUGGAAUUGAGCAGGAUUGACAUCGGGCCGUCGAGGAUGCCCCGGACGGCAUUACGACCCCAGAAAGCAUACGGCGCGUAUUAG